AUGUUUGAUGAAGUAACAUAUACUGGUCCAAAAUUAAAAACAAAACAAGUGCUAUGGCCCACACAUUGCAUACAAGGAACAGAAGGUGCUGCUCUGCAUAAAAAUCUAUAUGUUUCAUCAAACAACAACAAAGUAAUACAUAUUAGAAAAGGUACCGAUCCUGAUAUUGAUAGCUAUUCAACAUUUAUGGAUAAUGGAGGUGUUAUUCGAACCGAGCUUGAUGAUAAACUUCGAGAACAUGAUGUUACACAUGUUUUUCUUACUGGAUUAGCAACGGACUAUUGUGUAUCAGCAACUGCUUAUGAUGCAUUUAAUUUGAACUAUAAUACGUAUAUCAUCGAAGAUGCUACAAGAGGUAUCGAUACAUACACAAUCAAUUAUCUGAAGCAGUUAGGAGUGAAAGUUAUUCAGGCCAAUCAAGUCAAAAGAAUAAUAUCUACUUAUCGAAAAUGA